GUUUCAUUGUCAGGCAACGAUACUCACACUAUAACCUCUUCGCAAGAGCCUCUAGCUUGUCUUAACGAAGGAUACCGGUAGGGUAGCCAUGGCUCUCAGGAUUCCGCUCAGAGUAUGCCCGUGGUGGACCCUCCUAUGCUUUGGUCUUUUAGCGGCAGUUGCUCGGGGCUCAGAGAAAAACCACAAGUAUGAGGACCAUGAAAAGGUCAACUUAUGGGUCAACAAAGUCGGUCCCUACAACAAUCCACAAGAAACGUAUAACUACUACUAUUUGCCGUUUUGCAAAAGACACCCCGCCAUGAAGGCUCAGCACAGCUGGGGCGGUCUUGGUGAAGUUUUGCAGGGCAACGAGUUGAUUCAUAGUCAGCUUGACAUCAAGUUUAAAGAAAGCAGCACCGGCACGGAGAUUUGUUCCAUGAUCCUUGACGAGCAUAAAGCCAGUGUGUUUGAGGAUGCCAUUCGUCGGCAGUACUGGUUCGAGAUGUUUAUAGACGACCUCCCCCUCUGGGGCUUCGUGGGUGAGCUGAAGAAGGACGACAAGGGCGUGGAGCAGGCGUACAUCUAUACCAGCAAAAAGAUUGACGUCAGCUACAACGGCGACAGGAUCAUCCAAGUCAACCUUACCACGGCGGUACCCGUGCUAGUGGCCCCGGGGGCCAAGCUGGACUUCAGGUACUCGGUGGACUGGCACGCCACCAAGACCCCCUUCUCCCGCAGGUUUGAGCGCUACCUGGACUACGUCUUCUUUGAGCACAAGAUCCACUGGUUCUCCCUGGUGAAUUCCUUCAUGAUGGUGCUCUUCCUGACGGGCCUAGUGGCCAUCAUCCUCAUGCGCACCCUGCGCAAGGACUACGCCCGUUACGCGCGCUCUGCCGCGGAUGCCUUGGACGGCGCCUUGGAUGCGGAAUCCCUGGAGCGGGACUUUUCGGAGGAGUCGGGCUGGAAGCUGGUGCACGGGGACGUGUUCCGCCCGCCCCGGCACCUGACGCUGCUGGCUGCCAGUGUGGGCACGGGCGUGCAGCUGGUGUUCUUGUGCACCUCGGUCAUCCUGCUCACCAUUGCGGGCUCCUUCUUUGAGGAGCGCGGAACCAUCCUCACGUGCUUUAUCAUCGCCUAUGCGCUCACGUCCUUUAUUGGCGGUUACGUAUCAGGUGGUUUGUACGCGCGCCACGAGGGGCGCUACUGGAUCCGCACCAUGCUACUGUCGGCGUCUCUGUUCCCCGGGCUGUGCUUCGGUAUUGCGUUCGGGCUGAACACCAUCGCCAUCUUCUACCACUCGCUGGCCGCCGUGCCCUUUGCGUACAUCAUGGCGGUGCUGCUGCUGUGGGGCUUCAUCUCCUUCCCGCUCUGCCUCAUUGGAACCAUUGUGGGCCGCAACUGGAACUCCAUCCCCAACUAUCCCUGCCGCGUCAAGCGUAUUCCGUCGCCCAUUCCCGACAAGCACUGGUAUCUGCGGCCGUGGGCCAUCUGCGCUGCGGGCGGUUUGCUGCCAUUUGGGUCGAUCUUCAUUGAGAUGUAUUUUGUGUUUACCAGCUUCUGGAACUACAAGGUGUACUACAUCUACGGCUUCCUGCUGCUUGUCGUACUGAUCUUGCUGGUGGUUAGCGUGUGCGUCACCAUCGUGGGCACCUACUUCCUGCUCAACGCGGAAAAUUACCACUGGCAGUGGACGGCGUUUGGCAUGUCCGCCUCCACCUCCUUCUACGUGUUCCUCUACUCGGUGCACUACUUCCUGUUCAAGACUAAGAUGACGGGCUUCUUCCAGACGUGCUUCUACUUUGGCUACACGUCGAUGUUCUGCCUGGGGUUAGCGCUGCUGUGCGGCGCGGUGGGCUACAUGGCGGCUGCUGCGUUUGUGCGGACGAUAUACCGCAACGUGAAGUGCGAUUAGAUUCCUGGCAGUCCUGGGAUGCUUGGGGAGGUUUGGAAGGAGAUCGGGGUUGGAUAGUUGGUUAGUGGGUUUGCAUGCUUAGCAUAAACACAAUGAUGUAUGCGGGAAGGUGUGCAUGACGUAUAUAAACGGGCGGCUUGCCUGUCAUUUGCAGAACGCUUUGGUAGGAUAAUGGGUUGUGGAGGUUGGAAUGGGUAGAGUUCCACGGAUUGUUCCAUGGAGGAGUUUUGCCUAGCUUGGCACUAGCUGAAAGCCUUAUAGUGAUCCUGCAGUACGUUGCACUUCUAGUGCCUUGUUCCUGGUUAUACGACUUGGUAAUUGAGGAUUUGCCGUUUUCCAGCUGCGUGCCGAUUCGUGUCGCGGGAUGUCCGGUUGGGUCUUCGCAACAGCAGGCGCUCAUUGGCAAGGCCACUGAACGAUAAUCUCCAUGACGACGGCAGGAAACCUGUAAAUACCUUGCUUUUA